AUGAAGUCAGAGAAAGCAGAGAAGGCAUUGCAGCUUUUUGCCUCACUUCAGGAUACCAUACAAGCUCAACAACAACAACAACCUCCAUUUCAUAGCAAAUCACCAUCCACAUCAUGUGUCAUUACUAAUCAUAUAAUUCCACAGCCGGAACCGUCACGGCCAACCACAUCUGAAGAAAAGAAUUUGUUGAGGCGGGCGGAGGCGGCGGAAUGUUUGGCUCGACGCCUACACGAAAAAAAUAAACAACUUUUAGGACAAAUGAGUGCAUUGGAGAGACGAGGAAGAGGAGGCGCUAAUGAUAAUUAUGAAGCGGAAGCGCAACUGCUGCGGGACCUGCUGGCGGAACGGGAUGUGGAAGUGCAAUGGCUUCGUGAGCAAUUGCAUCAGAUGGAGGAAAAACAAAAACAGAAAAAACAACAAUCAACUCAAAUUCAAAUUCAAAGUCAAAGUCAAAGUCAGAAGCAACAAAAUCACAAAAAACAAAGUCCAAAUCAUCAAAAGUUGUUGUUGUUGCAAGCGGCAACAGCUGCAGUUGGUGGUAUUAAUGGGAAAAGCAGCCACAACGCCAGCAUCAGAAGUGCUGACGGCAACAGUCACAACAGAAAUGGUCAUAACAAACAGUUGAAAUGUGCACAUGAGGAUAAUGGUGAGGAUGAGGAAGAAGAAGGAGUUAUUAUUGUGAAGCAAAGAAGGAGAAGUACGGCCAGCAACACCCAUCACAGCAACAUGAAAAAUAAUAAUAAUAAUAAUAGUGGCAGUGGUAGUGGUGGUGACAACAACAAUAGUAUUAACAACAGCAUUAGCAGCAUCAGUAAUAUUAAUAAUCAUAAUAAUCAUAAUCUUCUUCAUCAUCAUCAUCAUCAUCAUAGGAGCAGCACUGUAUCCAGCAGAGGUCAACAGGAACUGCGGGAAUGGUUGCCAGGAGCCAGUUCCAGUCGUACGGAAGUGUUGUAUUAA